GUCGGUUUACGGAAGUGGUGUGCAGUAAACAGCAACAGCAGCAGCUGUGGUUUGUUUGAGCUCUGGCUUCAUGGCGAGUGUCGGAAAAUCAACCAGCAGGAUUUCUAAAAGAGAAACGAGGCCUCGAUCUCCAUCGGAUAAGAAGCUGACGAGAGGCUGUGAGGAGAUCUCAUCAUCAUCCUCAUGUGUGGGUGAGGAGGAUCACAGUCCCGCUCUAAACGGACACGACAUCCAGAGUCUGGCCAUCACAGCUCAAGACCUGGAGAGGCUGCGAGUCCCUAAACCACCUUCAGAUUCCCAGAAGCCCAAAUCGAUGACCCGCGCGUACGUCCGUAAGACACGCCCACCAGACGAGGUCAGCAGAGCGGUUAGAGUCACUGUAGCGAGGCCCCUCCCACAGGACGAUGCCCCGCCCCAUCCGUUUGAAUAUGCAGGUCCCGGUGGGCCGCGGUUUGAUGCACACGGGAUGGUGCUGCCGCACAGCAUUCUGGGAAGCCUGGAGGAUUUCAGGAUGGAGAUGCAGCUGCGAGGAGAGACGGAGCUGGUGCAGCGGAUUCCAAACCAACAGAAACGGCCCCCUCUAUGGAUGGAGGAUGAGAAUGACAAUUAUAAAGCGGAAGUUCAUUCAGAAACGGGGUGGGACCAUCAAAGCCACGCCCUCCAGCACUGGUGCCGCCACAUGACGGAGAGACGCAGGCAGCAGGACUUCAUUUCACGGUUCCUGCAGAAGCCGGCGGGGUCUUUACUGAUGAACCGCUCCAGCGCAUUCAGACGGGUCCAGGAGCAGAGGGAUCUGAUCAGCACAGCGCUGCCCGCUCUGAGCGCAGGACAUGGUCGUCGUGUGGGCAGUGAGUUCUGGAGCGUCCCGCAGCAUUACGGGGACGAGAUGAGCGGGAUCACAGCCACUCUCACCCAAACCCAGAGAGGAAACUGCCCCGCCGUCACACGCGUCACACAGCCGCUCAGCACACGCCUGGAGACAGGUAAUGUGCCGUGUGAGGCGGUGAACGGCGCCUGGGAGCAGAGUUUGUACCUGCAGAAGCGUCUUCAUGAGCUCAAGGACGUGCUGAAAGACUUCAGUCCUCCUGAGGCUGACGGUCUGGAGGUGGUCGGGUCUGGUCUUCCCAUCGCCUCAUGUUCUCCUCUGCCGGAUGAGAGAGAAGAUGAGGAUGAAGAGCAGAAGGAAAACCAAGCCCCUCUGGCGGCGUAUGAGGAUGUGCUGAUGGACGUGGAGCUGCGUCCCGCUCUCAGGGUUUGUGGGGAUCUGGCGCCCUGGACCGGCAGCACUUCCUCCCACCAGGGACAGGAGGGCGUCUCUGUCAGGCUGAUGUUUGAGACGGUCACAGGACAGAGUGUGAGCGCUGAUCUGGAGUUAAAGAACGAAGGAAGUACCGCGAUUUACUAUAGCUGGGAGAAACUGACGCAAACGCACACACUCACCCAACACUUCUACUUCAACAGCACUACAGCGGUGAUUUUGCCCGGCAGCACCAAACGCAUCAGCUUCAUCUUCAAGAGCGUGUCUGCGGGCAUCAUGACUGAGGUGUGGCUCCUGAACACACACCCGGUGCUGAUGGGCGGAGCUUCACUGCGGGUCACUCUGAGGGGCGUGGCUUUAGAGCAGGACAACAACGCACAGCAGAGAGCCGCACUGGAGAAGGAGCUGGAGCAGAAAGCGUCCGUGUCUCUCUGUGGACGGAUCGUCAGGGAUCUGCUGAGAGGAGUUCACACUCCAGAACGGCCCAGUUCUCCUGCUGAUCUCUACAUCACAGACGAGGAGCUGUUCAACACGCUCAACCCUCACGUGCAGUACCAGCGUGAACCUGUGGAAGCGCUGCGGGGCUUAUGGGAGCAGGUCAAUGGGUCAGGACACAUGUCGCCGUGGGAUCUGUCAUUAAACACACUCGGACAGGUGCUGUUGUCUAUGCCUGAGACUGAAGAUGAGAGCAAAGAGACGGGUCUGAACCAGUUUAACUCACUGAUCCUGGAGCUGCAGCGACCGCAGAUACACAGCGCACCUGUGACAGCGCAUGACGUCAGUGUGCAGUUAUGGAGGGAGCUGCUGGACGGUUUGGUCCUUGAGUCUGUGAGACUGAGACACACACUGGGCCUUCAGGAGAACAACACCUGGACCGACACCUCGGAGGAGGAGGAGGAGCGGAGUAGAGGAGCACUGCUGAUGAAGGACGAGAGGAGACGAGUGAGUGUCAGAGAGCUGCAGGAGACGAGAGGAGCAGCACUGACAGCAGUGGAGGAAUGUGGGAGCAUGAGGAAACAUGUGCCAGAGGAAAGGAAGACGGACACAGGAGAGAGAGACUCCAGCUUUACUACUGAACACUCACACACACUACAGGACACAUACAGAGCAGCGCUGCACACACAGGUGUAUGUGCUGAUGGAGAGGAUGGUGGAUUCUCUGUGUGAUUUACUCGAUGACACUCAGCACAUUCCUCAGACAACAUAUUAAUACUUCCAUCUGUCUUCGUUUCUCUAGUUACAUACUGUCAAAAGUGUCAGAUCCUCAAUGCACA